UAUACAAUCAAACGUAGCGUACAUUUCAAAGGUAUUUUUACUUGAUCUGUAAUUUGUUCGGUACCUAGAAUUUUGCGACACAGCUAAUAAACUUAGAUUAUAUACUAUUACUCGUUCUUGUAAGUUAAUUCAAUUUAUUAUAAAGCUUAUCUAGUUAAAUGAGUACAGAACCAGUCAAUACGAGCAGAGUAUUAGAAAAUUUUACGAAUGAGCGCGACGAGAUGGCGCUGACCGCUGUCGAGCCGCUUUUCGGACCAUCCGCUUAUCGGACCACUGCACAGGGUGGUCCGAUAAGUGGAGCCGCACUGUAGAUAGUCGCCAACACUAGAUAGUCGCCAACACUACUUCAAAACUUGUUUUCAUUAAAUCGUCAAAAUUCAUCUCCUGUUUCGUGUCGCGUGCUUUAGUGUUCUGUGAUAACCGGAUCUAUGGGGAACGCAACGAAAGCAGCCUAUCUUUUAACAUUCUUAUGUGGCGUUUUUAUUGGGUACAAGUUGAAAGAUUGGGAGAUCGAGGGGUUGAAACGAAGGCGGGAGAUACUAACCAACAAGUUACUGGAAACCCAGCAAGAAAUCGAAUUGUUAUCUAAUUAAAUUUAAAGACAUAUUAUUGAGUUCCAUAUAAAAUUUAAUUUUUUGUUAUGAAUAAAGUAGAGCCUGUUGUAGUAAUUCAUGGUGGGGCCUGGGCAAUCCCUGAAAAUAUUAGUAAUGCAAGUAGAAAUGGGGUCAAGUUAGCGGCUAAAAAAGCUUAUGAAAUUUUGAAAAAUGGUGGUUCAGCUCUUGAUGCUGUUGAAGAGGCAGUUGUUAUUCUUGAAGAUGAAGCGGUAUUUGAUGCAGGGAAAGGUUCAUGCUUAAAUGCUGCUGGUUUGAUUGAAAUGGAUGCUUCUAUUAUGGAUGGCACUUCUCUGAAAGCUGGAUGGAGUACUGGCCAUGGAGAAUCUAUCAUAAAAAUAUGUUUAGCCAAACAUAUAAUCUGCUUGAUGGAAAGCGGCAUGAAAGCUCAAGAAGCUGUUGAGCAAUCCCUACAGUUAAUGAAUUCAAGAAUAAAAGGUGCAGGCGGCGCCAUUUGCAUCAGCGCUUCCGGUGAACCUGCUUUUCAGUUCACCACUGGGCGAAUGGCGUGGGCAAUUGCCAAAGCGGAUGUCUUAUCGUGGGGUCUCGAUCCAAAAGAGUACAACACUGAAAAGAUGGCCUGAAAUCGUCAUCAUCUGCCUUCAACUAUUUAGUGCAAAGUAACAGCAAUUUUUAGACGUAUGGUGCAAUUGCGGGCUGGGCCCAAUAUCAUUUUUUCCAAGCGGCUGUAACGUGCGGAAAUUAAUAGAGGUUGAAACUGGUUUCAGUUAUCUGCGGCCUUGAAAUCAC